AUUCCUCCCGCGGGCACCGCUCCACUGCCCAGUCCCAGGCGGGCUCCUUCGCCCGCAGCCAUGGCAGAGCAGAGACAGGAGCGGAGGGAGCCCGACCUGCCCGCGUACUUCGCGGCCCUGGGCUCGGGCAGCCCCAAGCCCCGGCAGAAAUUCGGGGGCAUGUUCUGCAGCGUGGAAGGAGCCUUUGAAAACAAAACGCUGGACUUGGACGCGCUGAGCGGCGGCGGGAGAGGCGGCCAGACGCCGGAGCGAGGGGCGCUCCGCCAGCUCCCCGGCGACUCCCAAGGGCAGAGCCAGGCCGGCGGCGAGGCGCUGGGGAGCCGCAGCGCCCCCGCCCUCACCCCAGCCGGAGCGGAGCCUCCCCCGCCCGCUGCUGGGGCCGCAGGAGACGCGCCCGACGGCCACGCUCAGAGUGACCGGCUUCUAAUCAAAGGAGGAAAGAUCGUAAAUGAUGAUCAAUCAUUUUAUGCUGAUAUCUAUGUGGAAGACAGUUUGAUAAAGCAAAUUGGAGAAAACCUGAUAGUUCCUGGUGGCGUCAAAACUGUUGAUGCCUAUGGCCAGUUAGUUAUGCCAGGAGGAAUAGAUGUCCACACUAGACUACAAAUGCCUGUGAUGGGAAUGACCUCUGUUGAUGACUUCUAUCAAGGCACAAAAGCAGCCCUAGCAGGAGGAACCACCAUGAUACUUGACCAUGUAUUCCCUGACUCUGGAAUGAAUCUCCUUGCUGCAUAUGACCAAUGGAGAGAGUGUGCUGAUAGCAAAGCCUGUUGUGAUUAUUCACUGCAUAUUGACAUCACACGCUGGCAUGAGAGCAUAAAAGAGGAACUGGAAGCUCUAGUGAAAGACAAAGGUGUGAACUCCUUUCUAGUUUUCAUGGCUUAUAAAGACAAGCUCCAGUGCACUGACGCCCAGAUGUAUGAAAUAUUCAGCAUUAUUCGCGACCUGGGUGCCAUUGCCCAAGUGCAUGCUGAAAAUGGAGACAUCAUUGACGAGGAGCAAAAGAGACUGUUGGAACUUGGAAUUACUGGGCCAGAAGGGCAUGUUCUUAGCCACCCAGAGGAGGUUGAAGCAGAGGCAGUGUACCGUGCAAUUACAAUAGCAAAACAAGCCAACUGCCCAUUGUAUGUCACAAAAGUAAUGAGCAAAGGUGCUGCAGAUGUGAUAGCUCAAGCAAAACGAAAAGGCACAGUUGUGUAUGGAGAGCCAAUUACAGCGAGUCUUGGCACUGAUGGAUCACACUACUGGAGUAAGAAUUGGGCCAAAGCUGCAGCCUUUGUUACAUCCCCUCCAGUUAGCCCUGACCCUACUACAUCUGAUUAUCUCACUUCUCUGUUAUCAUGUGGGGAUCUGCAGGUUGCAGGCAGUGCCCACUGCACAUUUACCACCGCUCAGAAGGCAGUAGGAAAGGAUAACUUUACCCUUAUUCCAGAGGGAACAAAUGGCAUUGAAGAAAGAAUGUCAAUAAUUUGGGAGAAGUGUGUGGCCUCAGGGAAGAUGGAUGAGAAUGAUUUUGUAGCAGUGACCAGUACAAAUGCAGCCAAAAUCUUUAAUUUUUAUCCCAGGAAGGGACGAAUUGCUGUAGGUUCUGAUGCUGACCUAGUUAUAUGGAAUCCCAAGGCUACAAAAAUUGUCUCAGCAAAAACCCACCAUCUGAAUGUGGAAUGUAAUAUAUUUGAAGGAACAGAGUGCCGUGGUUCUCCUACUGUGGUUAUAAGUCAAGGAAAAGUUGUGCUGGAAGAUGGAAACCUCUUUGUCAUUCAAGGGUCUGGUCGCUUCGUUCCUAGAAAGACAUUCCCUGAUUUUGUUUAUAAAAGAAUAAAGGCAAGAAACAGGCUUGCUGAAAUUCAUGGUGUUCCCAGGGGGCUUUAUGAUGGGCCAGUUCAUGAUGUCAUAGUGACUGCUAAAGCUGUAGCCCCCACUCCUACUUCAAGGAUAGCUCCCUGUUCAGGCAAAAUACCAACUCUUCCUGUCCGUAAUCUGCAUCAGUCAGGGUUCAGCUUGUCUGGAUCUCAAACAGAUGACCAUAUUGCAAGACGCCCUGCUCAAAAAAUCAUCGCACCCCCUGGUGGACGUUCCAAUAUUACAUCUUUGUCAUAAUGAUUCCAAAUGUGAUGUAUUGUAUUCCCUGCCAAUCAGUCUUGGGUUCCACUGGAGCAGGUGAUCUGGGGAACAGCAUUUUUCAGAUCUGUUUCGCAUUUACAGAAAAUGUAUCUUAAAAGACUGCCUUGUUUACACUCACCCAGAACACCUUGCUUUAUGAGCUGUAAGCAACAGAAGUACAGCUCUAAGUAGCAACCUUACCAAUUAAUUAUAUGGCCAUAAUGUACACUGCCAGGGCAAGGGGCUUGGGUGGAGUGGACACCAUGGAAAUAUAAAAUUGAUCUGCCAUCAAGCUCAGGAUAAAAUUAACCAUGUGUCAGUUUACCCACCCCCCAUCCUUCCCUGAGUGGAAAAUAGGCUAAAAAUGCCCAAGAUAAUAGAACUCCCAUCAAGUAUUUUAAAUAUGUUUCUCUCUCAAAUAGAUAUUCAGCAGAUCUUUGACACAUGCAUGUAAACAAUAAGAAGUUCAUUUAAAAAUGUGUUCAGCUGUGCUGCUAGCUGUCUUGUAAUCAGGACAAAGCUGAAGACAUGUUUUGUGUUUAAUAGGUUCUUUGUUUCCUUUCCAAUAACAACUACUGCCCUUUGUAUUCUAAGGAAUUUUAACUGGUAAACACUCAACUCUGUAUGUUUUUAAUACAGUUAGUUAUAUAUAUUGUGGUUGAAAUGAUCAGUAAUCAUAUAUUUAUACUAUCUCAUUGCGCAGGCCUUGAACAUGCCUUGGGAAUCAUUGUCACUCUGUACCAAUGUGACAGCAUGAAUAUAAGAAAUUGAAGUGUGGUCUGAAUGUUCAUGGAGUUAGUUGUCAUAGUGUCAAUAUAGGCAUACUAAUGCAUUGAGUUUUUUGGGUUUUUUUAAUAGUUGUAUUUCUGGAACACAGAGACGACAGUGGAAGUUCCAGUGUAUUUUAGUCUUUUUGUUAGACUCGUUUUUUAAAGAUUAUUUAUACAAUUUUCCAAGUAACAAGCGGAGGCAAAUUGAAGGCCAGUUGCAUCUGAUGGACUCUUUUAUAAAGCUUAAUACAACAGGUUUAUUAUAUUUAAAGCUAUGUACAGUAAAGGUGAUCUUAUAUGCAGUAUCAUUCCAUAAAACUAUGCAUGUAAUGUCAACAAAAUCGCUAUUUUGUUUCUCGUUCAUUGCUUUCAAUAAAGUUUGUUGGAAAUCACCAAAAUUAUAAGGCCAUUUGAUUAAUCUUUGUCUACUGUCUCCUACUGUGGGCUCUUAUCCAUAGUGAAUCAUAAAAUUCACUUCUAUACUUUGAGUUUGAUCAGGUCUCAUAUAUCAAGGCUUACCAAGAGCUCUAUAACUAGUCUGUUCAUAAUUCCCAAAAUAGUUUGAGUGCUUACUGAAACUCUUCGAGUUGUAAAUCAGGCUGAAAUACUAUAAGACCAAUCAGUCUUCCCCAUUAGAUUUCCCGUACUUCCUGUUUUCUCCUAGACUAGUGAAAGCCUUGAGAAUGAAUUUUCUUGGACUAUUUCCAUACUUCCAUUUUUAGCCCCAUCUGAAACUAGGAAAUAAAAAUGCACAUAAAAGUUAUGGAAAGACAACAGUUCAGGAUUUGUUACAGUGGCAAAGACAUAUGAAAUCUUCCCAUACUUUCAUUUUAGAUUUGUGUUUUAAUAAAAAUUUGAUCUGGAUGUAUCAAAAUUAUA